AUGGUCGGGCCCCUUAUUGAUGGCUACUUAACCGAGAUUGGGAAAGGGAUGUUCGCCAAGCUUGGAAGAUCCAGAAAUACUGGUCUGAUGCCGCCAAUAAAGCUGUUUGUGCCGUAUACUAUUUUUCGGCAUGUUUGCAAUAUUGUUGUUGGGUACGGCGGCUCGUUGUCUUUAUUAAAGAAAAAUCGAAUGCUGGUUGAGAUUACCAAUAGCGAUAAUGCUGGGAAGGUAUUUUCUCCCGUGAGAUGUAAAGGCGACAAUCUAUUAAGAAAAAGACACUUUGACAAGGUCAGGGAAAAUGGAAGGAAUAUCUACAAAUAUUCUGGAAGAGCUGCUGUUGUUGUGACCAGCACGACUCCAAUUAUUUUUGAUUAUAAUACGAAGCAGGAGAAGCUGACCAUUCUAUUUUACGUGCAAAGGUACGACAAGGACGAUUUCUCUUUGGACGCUACACUUCAAGCAUUAUUAAACAGUAAUCAAGUAGAAUAG